AGGAGAGAGGAGUGGGCAACAGCUUCUUUGAAGAUUAGCCAUCGGAGGACUAUUGAAGGGAAUGACAGCUUCGACUUCUUUUCGAGAAUAUGAAGUAACCAACUAGCAAUUUCACAUGAUGGAUGUGACCAUUAAAAUGUGUCAGUUGCUGAAGAAAGGACAGGACUGCAAUCCUUAACAAAGAUCAGAAUGGAUGAUAUUUUAUCUGCAGAGGUUGGGAAGCAUGAUUAUGAUUGGCUUCUCAUUCCUCCUGAAAUCUCUCCCUUUUCCUUCUCCGAAGCUCGUGACGGUCAAACACUUAAGGCAGCACCAAAGAACAAAUCAAAUGCUAGAUCAGUUACGGGAAAAGCUUCAAGGUUUUCGGUGUCUCAAUCAGAGAAGAAUACUUCCACUAAGCCUACCAGAAGCAGCUCCACAGCUACGUCUGCUUUAUCAACUGCUCUCUCAUCUUCCACAUGCCUCUCAAACAGCAGCAGGACAGCGGUUCUCAACACCAGCACCGCCUCCGUCACCUCCAAACCUUCUUUCUCCGGCAAUCGUUCCACUGCAAUCUCACGGCAUUCGGCCCCCGCAAAGAGUCGACCCACUCUGCCUUCUAAUCCAGAUAAACCAAAGCAACCACAGAACUCAAGGCCUUGCACACCAUCUGCUCGACCGAGUUCCCGUUCCUCAACUCCAGCCCGUAGCGCAACAACAGAAGCAUCACCUCCGGCCUUGACCCGAUCGGCCUCCGUCGGCCAUGCUCCUCCCGCAAAUCGCCAAAACAGCGGCAGCGCGAACCGUCCGAGCUCCCCGGCGCCGCGAGAGCGGCCUCAAGUGCAGGCGCCUGCUUUGCAACGACGGGGAACGGCGUCGGUGGCUCGCGCCGGUUCGAACCCAGAGAUGAACUCGAUCAAGCAAUCUUCCUCGCCGAUCGUGGUCGGAGGGAGGCUUCAAGAGAACCCGCCGAGUGCUAGGUCGAACGGCAAGGCGAACGAGGGGAAGGCGGCCGUGAACAGGAGGCCAAUGUCGGCAGAGCCUGCGAGCCGGAAGCCCAUCAAUCCAUCUUCGCCAACAGAGAACAGCGGAUCCGCAGUCCGUAAGCCCACCAAGCAUACGGAGAUGAAGCAAAGCACGGGUGGCAAUCCGGCGAUCUCGCUCUUCCCUCAAAGCAUUCGCUCCGCCGCCCAAAAGAAUCGAUCCUAUCGUUUAUCGGAGACGGAAAUUUCAGCUCCAGCUCCUGGGAAAGUAACUCCUCGUCACGUCGAUAACAAUGGAGUAGCAGUUGCAUUGUAGUAAGCUCAGAUCGAUGAUGACAAUGGCAGUAAACGAACUAUUCACAACAGCUGCAAUGGAGAUCGAAGAACAGAAAUAUAUAUCGCCAUUGUCUGCAGUCCUUUUAUAUAUCUAGAGUGUAUUUGCGCAAUUUCAUUGAAAAAGUUAUGAUCACGAA